UAUACACGCGCCAUCAGCAGCACGCAAACGUGCAGUACAAGGCUCGAAUCAGCUGUCUGUUUUAAACGAAAUAUUUUGUAUUAAUCAUCUUUUUUAACGCGAUAUGGAUGACGAGGAAGAGACUUACAGACUAUGGAAAAUUAGGAAAACUAUAAUGCAGCUUUGCCACGAUCGUGGUUAUUUGGUGACGCAAGAUGAGCUGGAUCAGACUCUUGAUGAGUUCAGAAGCCAGUUUGGAGACAAACCCAGUGAGGGUCGACCUCGACGAACCGACCUCACUGUCCUGGUCGCCCACAACGACGAUCCAACCGACCAGAUGUUUGUGUUCUUCCCUGAGGAACCAAAGGUUGGCAUCAAAACCAUAAAGAUGUAUUGUCAGCGUAUGCAGGAAGAAAACAUCACUCGGGCCAUUAUUGUAGUCCAGAUGGGCAUGACGCCCUCCGCCAAACAGUCUCUGGUAGACAUGGCGCCAAAGUACAUACUUGAGCAGUUUCUUCAGCAGGAGCUUCUAAUCAACAUUACUGAACACGAGCUUGUUCCAGAGCACAUAGUGAUGACUAAAGAGGAAGUAACCGAGUUGCUGGCGCGAUAUAAACUAAAGGAAAGCCAGCUUCCCAGAAUUCAAGCUGGGGAUCCCGUCGCCCGUUACUUUGGCUUAAAAAGAGGCCAGGUUGUUAAGAUCAUCAGACCGAGUGAAACUGCUGGACGGUACAUCACAUACAGAUUGGUCCAGUAAUGCUUGUGAAGUUCAACGCUUUCUCCAA